AUGCAUUUCGAAUGGCGGGCUGUGACCAUUGUUGUUCCACCAGGAUCAGCGUUGUUCAUAAUCUACAUAAAUGAUUUGAUGGAAAACGUAGCUGGUCCACAGACUAAGACUGGUAUAGCACGUCUUUUUGAUGAGGAGUUUGAGAAUGCCUAUGACAUCCGAUUAAAGCUAUCGAAAGACAUCAUAACAAUUCAAAAGCAGGAUGUCGUUUGUGUCAGUGGAAGUGAUUCUGAUUCAAAUCACAGAACUGUUACACUUCGCAGACAGCCUGUUGGUGGAAUGGGUUUAAGUAUUAAGGGAGGUGCUGAACACGGUGUACCAGUUGUUAUUUCAAAAAUCUUUAAAGAUCAAGCAGCUGACCAGACUGGGAUGUUAUUUGUUGGAGAUGCUGUGCUGCAAGUUAAUGGUAUUAAUGUUGAAAAUGCAACGCAUGAAGAGGUGGUGCACCUCCUGCGAAAUGCUGGCGAUGAAGUUACCAUUACCGUUCAGUACCUCAGGGAAGCCCCUUCCUUCCUUAAACUCCCACUAGGCUCACCAGGGCCGUCCAGUGACCAUAGCAGUGGGGCAUCCUCUCCUCUGUUUGAUAGCGGUUUACAUUUAAAUGGGAACUCUACAAAUACCGCACCGUCAUCACCUUCCUCACCUUCAGCUGAUGAACCAAAAUAUGAGAAGCGUUGGCUAGAUACCUUAUCGGUCCCUUUGUCGAUGGCUCGGGUCUCAAGGUACAGAACUGGAACAGAUCAAUUAAGACCUAACACAUUAGAGGUUGUGGCACUGGAUGGAGUAAGCACUGGAAUUUUACAGUUCUACACUGCCCAAGAGAGUGCUGACUGGCUGCGGGCAAUAUCAACCAACAUUAAUGAUUUGACUCUACAAAAUAUGAAAAUGGCCAAUAAAUGCUGUCCUCCAAAUGAUCAGAUAAUUCACAUGGGGUGGGUGAGUGAAAAGCUGCUCGGAACUGAGCCCAAUCAGCUGUACAAGUACAAGUUUCUAGGACUGAAAGGCUCUUCUCUUCACAUUUUCAAUGCUCCACCGGUCAGCAUUCGCGACUGGCUUUGGGCUGAAAAAAUCUACAACCUCUGUGAAAUUCUUUGUAAAGUUCACAAGCUCUGGCUUGCUGAUGAAUGCUGGCUUCAAGCAAACUUAUGUUUAGGUCUUCAUCAGGACUGUGAGCUUCAAGACCAGAGGCCGUAUGGUUUCAGUGUUCUGGCGGGUCAAGGCGAGAAUCAUUAUUUCUGCGUUGAGAUGGGCAGCGAGCUUGCAGUUUGGGAGAAAACUUUCCAGAGAGCAAUUUUUAUGGAAGUGCAGAGAACAGGAUCGAAGACAUAUGGGUGUACCUGGCAAGGCCAAGCACUUUCCUUCACAAUAGAUUUCGCUGCUGGAUUUACCUGUGUUGAUAGUAACACAAAGAAUGUUAUCUGGAGAUUCAAGUUUUCACAGCUCAAAGGAUCCUCUGAUGAUGGAAAAGCAUGCGUGAAACUGCUUUUUCAGAAUACUGAUACCAAACAGAUUGACAUGAAGGAAUUGGAGUUCCCUGAUCUGACAGCAGUAUUGCAUUGUAUACAUUCAUUCAUAGCAGCUAAAGUGGCAGCAGUGGAUCCAGUAUUCGUAGACAGCCUAAGUGUUGCACGGAAGUACAUGUAUAGCAGCUGAAAAUCAAAUUUCAAUCACAAGCAAAUGUAUAGUAUUCUUUUAUAUAGAAUAACAUGCUUUGUGUCUAUACUGCUGUAAGGUGCACAGUGGGUAAUGGAACCCAAGCAAGUCAAAGGUAGGGGGGAUGAUUUUGACUGCAGCUAGAGUGUAAAGUGGGUGAUGUAAAAUUGACCUGAAUAAAAUGAAGUGAUACCUGGGAGAAAUGUAUAAUGGACAAAGUCACAAUCAUCCCCAUUGUGUUUUUAAUUAGAGAGAGAUUAAAACAUUUUUGAGAGAUAUCUACAAAGCAAAUUUCUUUAUAAUGGAAGUGAAAUCUGUCCUUGGUGUGUGCAGCACUGUUUUGUGUUUUAUUUUCCUUCUCAGAUGAAGUCUGCAGCCUCCAGGUGCAAGUUGCAAAAAUGGAAAUCUGAGAUUCAAAUUUCAUUGUACAAUUUGUAGCUCACAUGAAAGAAAUAUUCUGAUGCAAAGUGUGUGCUUUUGCUUCUUGAAAAUUCUUUAUUUUUUCAUUAGCAGCUGUGAUUUUAAUGUCAUUCUUUAUUCCUUCACAAUCAUGGUCAAGUGUUCAUUUUCUUUGGUUUUGGGAAUGAUGAAUUUAAACUUACUGGAUUAGAAUGAGGAGCAAUUUUCUUGCUGAGAAGGUGGUAAGUCUUUGGAUCUAUGGGGUAAUUUACUCAAUUAUUUAGCAUGUUCAAGAUAGAGGUCAAUAGAAUCAUUACAGUGUGGAAGUAGGCUAUUCAAUCCAUUGAGUCGAGACUAACCUUUCAAAACACACUCCAUUCAGACCCAUUCCCCCUACCCUGUACUUUCUGUGGCUAACCCACCUAACCUGCAUAUCUUUGGACUGUAAGAGGAAAUCUGCACAGACAGGGGGAGAACAUGCUGAACUUGCAUAGACAGUCACCCAAA